UAGGUCACAGUGGAUACCUUCGUACUCCUUCCCAGGACACACAGUUGGGGUAAAGGACUCAACGAGACACAGUCCAAGUUACAGUUACAGUUUUACAGUUUCCAGAUUGUACGAGAAAGGACGCAGCCCCUUGAAGGCUCGCAGGAAAGUAGCAGAACCAUUAACUGAAUACCAAAGGGAGACUUAACUGCUACAUUUCACGCUUUCUGAGUCCAGUGAAGUUAACAAGAAGCCACCAUGAAGCUGAAGUUUCCAAACCCAGGACUGGAUGAGCGGAUCCCCUCUCAUGGGGACCUGGAGAAGAUGGAGAAGGAGGAGGCAGGGGACAGACCCAAAUGGGACAACAAAGCCCAGUAUCUGCUCACCUGUGUGGGCUUCUGUGUGGGACUUGGCAACGUCUGGAGGUUCCCUUACCUGUGUCAAAGCCACGGAGGAGGAGCAUUCAUGAUCCCAUUCCUUAUCCUGCUGGUACUGGAGGGAAUCCCACUGCUGCACCUGGAGUUUGCUAUCGGUCAACGCCUGAGGAAAGGCAGCGUAGGAGUGUGGAGAUCAAUCAGUCCAUACCUGAUUGGAGUCGGUGUAGCAUCCAUGCUUGCUUCAUUUCUGGUGGGGAUGUACUACAACACCAUCAUGGCCUGGAUCAUGUGGUAUCUUUUCAACUCCUUUCAAGAUCCUCUGCCUUGGAGCCAAUGUCCUCUCAAUGCUAACGGGACAGGUGUGGUGGAGGAGUGUGCUCGGAGCAGCACUGUUGACUACUUCUGGUACAGAGAGACUCUGAACACUUCAACAGCUAUCGAUGAGUCUGGAGGUCUUCAGUGGUGGAUGGUGCUAGUCCUGCUGGGCGCAUGGACUCUGCUCUAUGUCUGCUGCAUCCGGGGCAUCGAGACCACUGGAAAGGCUGUGUACAUCACCUCCACUCUGCCAUACUUGGUCCUCACCAUCUUCCUCAUCAGAGGACUGACUCUGAAAGGAUCUGUUGAGGGAAUCAAGUUCCUCUUCACUCCAGAUGUGAAUGAGCUGAUGAAUCCAUCAACCUGGCUGGACGCAGGUGCUCAAGUUUUCUACUCCUUCUCUCUGGCCUUUGGAGGUCUCAUCUCUUUCUCCAGUUACAACCCUAUUCACAACAACUGUGAGCAGGACGCUGUUCUCAUCUCCAUCAUCAAUGGCUGCACCUCAGUGUACUCUGCGACUGUUAUCUACUCCAUCAUUGGCUUCAGGGCCACGCAAAAAUAUGACGACUGCACAGCAGACAACAUCUUGAUGCUGAUGAAUGCCUUUAACUAUCCUGAAGACAGCAUCACAGAAAGCAACUACGAUGAGGUUCUGACCCACCUCAACCAGACAAAUCCAGCUGUCAUUCAAGGAUUACAAUUGGAGGCCUGUGACAUGCAGGUUUUCCUCAAACAGGGCGUUGAAGGAACAGGUCUAGCCUUCAUCGUGUUCACAGAGGCCAUCAUCAAAAUGCCCUUUUCUCCUUUGUGGGCCGUCCUUUUCUUCAUCAUGCUCUUCUGCCUCGGCCUCUCAACUAUGUUUGGGAACAUAGAGGGAGUGGUGGUUCCUUUGCAGGACCUCAACUUGCUGCCCAAAACAUGGCCCAAAGAAGUUUUCUGUGGUCUGACUUGCUUAGUCUCUUUCGCUCUCGGGCUUAUCUUUACUCAGCGCUCUGGAAACUAUUGGCUCGCUCUUUUUGACAACUUUGCUGGUUCUAUCCCCCUAUUGGUCAUCGGAUUGAGUGAAAUGAUCGCUGUUAUUUACAUCUAUGGCAUGGAUAGGUUUAACAAGGACAUUGAGUUUAUGAUUGGUCACAAGCCCAACAUCUUCUGGCAGCUGACAUGGAGACUGAUCAGUCCACUCAUUAUGAUCGUCAUCCUGGUUUUCUACUUUGUAACCCAAGUUACCAAGAAUCUCACCUACUUGGUGUGGGACCUGGAGGCGGAGAACUUUCCCACCCUCGAGCCGCGUCCGUAUCCUUCCUGGAUCUAUGUCAUCAUCGUCAUCCUGGCUGGAAUUCCCAGUUUAUCCGUCCCAGGAUUCGCCCUCUUCAGAUUCAUUCAGAACAAAUGCUGCAAGCAGAACGACAGAGAUGAUGCAGUGGACACUAUCUCUGCCAAAGUAGAAAUGAGUAACAAAAUUAAGUUUUAGAUAGCUUUUCCUUAUAUUUCAUAGCAAAAUAUUUCAUAGAAAAUAAAUACAGACUUGUUUUAUUGUUUGUAUGUUAUGCUUAUGUCAUUUUUCUUCCUAAUACCCUGUACAAUGACAGAAGCGCACAAAAUAAUGUAAAAUAAUGUGAUUUUGGAGAAGACAGUGAUUGUUGCUUGCUUUUCAUACUAUUGAGAGAUUAGAAUUAUGCUGUGUCAUGUUUUCACAUGUAGGUUUACGUUGUACAUUAAAGUAAUGGUGUUUUUGGGAAA